CUUCUCCAUAGGCUGGACUCCCACCUCCAUACACUCCACUGGAGGCUCUGAUGCCGCUACUGAACUUGCCAGGACCAGGCCGCCACCGCCAUCCUGUUCAGGCAGAGAUUCCUGCAACUCCUUUUUCCCUUGAGACAGAACCUGACGACACAAUGCCGACGCAGCCACAGAAACUGCUGGGACCGACCUGCUACUGCCCCCACAAUCCUGCUCAGGUCCAUGGAUAUGGAGGGUAUGACUCAGAUUUUAGUGAUGAGGAGGGUGAUCCAGACAAAAAUGCCAAAGAUAAACGAAGUAAAAAAGAUGACGCGUUACUUAAGAAGCCAUUUCAGAAAGACAGACAUGGAAAGGUGGCUCAUCGAGACGUUGCAGCAGAAGAGUGGGACAGGGAGGAAGCACGAAACCGCAGAUUUCACCUGAUCUCUAUGGAUGCCUUUGCCAGACAUCAGAAGUUCGUAAAUGACUACAUUCUUUAUUAUGGAGGAAAACUGCAAGACUUCCAGCUGGCCAGAGGAGAUCGUAAAACAGACUUAGAUGUUAUACGAGAGAACCACAGAUUCCUCUGGCAGGAAGAAGAUGAAGAAGAAAUGACUUGGGAGAAGAGGCUUGCAAAGAAAUACUAUGAUAAAUUAUUUAAAGAAUACUGCAUAGCAGAUCUUAGCAAAUAUAAAGAAAACAAGUUUGGAUUUCGAUGGAGGGUUGAGAAAGAGGUGAUCUCUGGAAAAGGUCAGUUUUGCUGUGGGAACAAGCGCUGCGAGGAAAAGGAAGGGCUGAAAAGUUGGGAAGUGAAUUUUGGCUACUUGGAACAUGGAGAGAAGCGGAACGCUCUUGUAAAGCUGAGACUGUGUCCGGAGUGUUCCUACAAACUGAAUUUUCACCAUAGGAGGCGAGAGGUACAGCCAAAGGCUAAGAAAAGAAAGAGGUCAGAAGAUGCAGGACAGUCGUCCAGGAAGAAGUCGAAAGUGUCCCGUAAGAAAGUAAAGGAUAAAGACACGUCUUCGGCCAGACAUGAAGAUUCCAGUGAUGGAGACACAGAUGAUGAUGAUGAUGAUGAUGACGAUGAUGAUAAUAAGGAAGGUGAGGGCAAUACAUCCAAUGACCGCUUCUGGAAAGGUCCCCAGCAACAGACAGAUGAGAAAACCAGGGAAGAAGAAUUUGAUGAGUACUUUCAAGAUAUGUUUCUGUAGAUUUGUCCCAAUGAUCUUAUUAAAGUGCUAUUUUUUUUUUUA